GGCCUUUCAUCGAACUCCGAGUUGCUCUUGGUUGCACGUUGGGGUUUGUAGUUUAAACCCCGGAUGACUGGCACGGUUUCGACGUCGCGACGUCUAUGAGGUAGACAAUUUUCAGAAGAAGGAAGACAUGAAAAUAGAGACCAGCAGCUGAACUGAAAAACAUGUCAAAGAAAAGGGGCAGAAAACGCAGCAGCGGAGAACUGAGCGACUCGCUCUCCCCUGACCCCAACAGCCUUCUGGGUAAGAGGAUCCAGCACAGCUGGAGAGAGAAGGGAGCACUAACUAAGUGGAAAGGCACUGUGCUUGAUCGGCUCAGCGUCAACCCAUCGCUCUUCAUGGUCAAGUACGAUGGUUUCGACUGUGUCUACGGCAUCGAGCUGUUCAAAGACGAGCGCGUGUCCAACCUACAGGUGCUCACUGAGAAAAUUGUGAACAACAAGAUCAAGGUGCCUCAUGACCCAGAGGAGCUGGUGGGGAAAGCGGUCGAGCAUCUGUUUGAGAAAGAGGAUGGAGAAAAGAACGAGUGGAGAGGGAUGGUGCUGUCUCGUGCGCCCAUCAUGACUAACUGGUAUUACAUCACCUACGAGAAGGACCCAGUGCUGUACAUGUACCAGCUGUGGGAUGACUACAAGGAAGGCGACCUCCGCAUUUUACCUGAAGCAGAGAACAAGCAUCUGUUGCCUGCUGACAGGAAGCCUGGCGAGGAGACCGAGAGCCUUGUGGGUAAGCAGGUCGAAUAUGUCACUGACAAAGGAGUGAAAAGAACCGGGCUGGUCAUCUACCAAGUUCCCGCCAAGCCGUCGGUUUACUACAUAAAAUACGACGACGAUUUCCACAUUCAUGUCUACGACCUGGUCAAGACCACCUAAAGUCAAGCGAAAGCGACAUACGAAGGCGAAACUCACCAUCACCUCUCCAUAACGUAAAAUCCUCGCCUCUCAUUGUACUCUCUGUCUCUGUCUCCAGCGCGUGUUGCCGUGGAGAAGUGGAAUGGCACAGAUGUUUGUGGUUUUGUUCAUUUGCGUGUGUCACAUCAUCGACGCAAUGUUAGAGAACAAAACUGAAGGCCUCAAUUAGGGAUUUCUUUUUCUGAGCGUGUUUGUCUUCUCGUGGGUGCGGUGGUGAAAAGGCCGUCAGGUAGAGUGAUUCCUGAUUGGGGCUUUAACAGUUUUGAAUGGGAAAGCAGGAGUAUCAAGAGAUACACAAUCUAUUUAUUGACAUUGACUUGUUUUACCACGUUUCUGUGAUUGUCAUGAGCCAUUUAAAAGAUGGCGACAUUCUUUUUUUGAGGUAGGACCGAAUAAUUUGAGGAAUGGAAAAGAAUGAGUGUUUUGUAAAAAAAAAAAGAAAAGAAAAACGAACCAAAAAAAAAAAAAAAAUAGGCGACUAUUUAUUUUUGCUUCCUGUUAUUCUUGCAAAAGUUUUCUGUUGCAGUUCAUGAACUACUGUGAGUUUUAGCUCUUUGUUAUCUUUCACUAAAUUCGAGCCUGAAUCCAAGAUGGCCGCACAUCCAGCGAAUGCUUUUGAGAGCAGAGCAGCUGCCACCUCGAAACGUGCUUUAGAGAAAUUGGAGUUGGAAGACUGAAAGGAACCCACAGUAGAACAUUUAUUCGAGUUUGAGGUGUAAAACCCAUAUCCAUAUUCUGCUGAUUCGGAACUUGCAGAAUAUUUAGUUUGUAUACUCCCAUAAAAUAUGUAGCCAUUGAUCCCUGCUUAAAGACUGGUUUGUUUGGCUUUUAAAAGCGCUGCUUUACUAAUCAUUUAGGUUUUAUAACGUGUCGAGUCAUCCAGUAAUUAGCUUAGAUAACGUUUUAAAUUUCUCUGUAGGCAGGUAGGAUCAUUAUAGGGUUGACCUCCCUAUAAUUUAAUGUUUAAAUUCCAUCACAUCUCAUCCAGCCGGCUGGAUCUUCAGGAAACAGAUUCAAAAAACAAAAAAUAAUAAUUUCUACCAAAAACCGUAUAGAAAUGUUGAAAUUAAAAUGGAUUGCCUUUAAUUGAAUUGACAGGGUCUACCAGGGGAUCAUGUAAUGACUUAAUCUCUAACAAUGGCACUUAAUGCUUUUUUUAAAUGAUUAUUUGUAUUUAUCUUAUUGGGAUUGAAGCGUGACCUUUCAGCCAUAGGAGCGUCUGAUUCAGAAUAUUAAAAUUAACACCAACGCGUCAUUAAUCUAGCGCAUUAAUGGUAAUAAUAACAGAGCUCAAAAAUCGAUUCGAUAUUAGAAUUUCAUACUGUAUGUUUUACGGUCUUGCCUACAGAAUCAAACCGACCUGCCAUUGUUUUGCCUCCGUUUUUAACUAAUAAUGCUAAUAAGAAUUGGAGCAACACUAAAGACGACACCAAGAUAAAUCCAGUUUUGGAAUCGACGUGCUCACUUGGAUGAAAUCCCGCUUCGUUUCAUUGUAAAUGAUUAAGCACAUUAAAAUAGUCCUGUUUACAGCAGCAAAUCAGUGUUUGCUGUUAGCACUUGUGUUCUCGUAGUCCAAAUUUUGUUCGAAGGAUCCAAAUAAUGUAUAAAAUAAUGUCCCCCGCUGUAAACGUGUGUAUACAGUACUGUGGCUGCAACCUGUCUUUUACUCAUGCGAAUUCUGUUCGUCUUUGGGAUUUUUUUAUUUUGUGGUUAGUGCUUGACGGAUCCAUGAAUCAUUCGCGGCAGCAAUUUAUUUCAUAUUCGCCCAAAAUUCAGUGAACAUAAAGAUAAAAAAUAUAUAUAAUCACUCAGUUUAUCGAUCAGUGUUUCAUUAUUGACGGUAUCUAUCCGCUCUGUUUAUUUAUUCUCCGUGUACAGCUAUUCACGUUACAUAUAAUCAACACGUUCAUUUAUUUACAUCACAUGCAUGUAAUUCAGGAACAUUACAAAUGGGGGGGAAAAAAAAAUCACUUGCAAUGUUUUCUGCAAAAUGGUUAAAUGGUUUAAACUUGUAUGUACUGAAAUGUAAUUUCUUUUUCUUUUUCUUUGUUGUAAAUAAUGAAUAUAUGCCUGAAAUGGUUGUUUUUAUUUUUUUGGCCACAUGUGGGGUUUUUUUGUGUUUUUUUUUUUUCUCUUAUCCAAAGCAAUCGCACUUUAUUUUAGCUUUAGUCUGCUUGAGUGAAUAAGAAAUUCAGGCAGAAUCAUUGAACCUUUAAAGCGCAACUCCAGACAGGUUUAUUAGAAAUAAAUAAAUGAAUGAAUAAAUUAAAUCACUGCGAGAAACCAUCGACUAUAGAAGGACACAAUUUCUUGAUUGAUAUUUAGCUCACGUCUUAAUGGAUAAAAGAGCGACUGCGUUUUUUAAUCCCGGCACACAAAGCUAAUUUUGGUUAAUGAAUUAAUAAAUAAUUUUAUUGUAUAUACAACGGUAAUGUACACAGACAAAUCAAUGCAGUCAAUUUGCACACGUUAUUUAUUACGUGUUGUAAAAAAAAAAAAAAGGCUGGACUUUUUUUUUUUUUUUUUUUUUUGACAGUUUUUCACACAGGCAACGGUUUGCUGUGGUUCGAGUCUGAACUUGAUUGUUCUUGGCACCUAAUGCUGUGCUGGUCCAGUUCACAUUACUGGUUUUUUUUAUAGUUUUAGAUUAAACUGCCAGUAUUAAGCGUUGCAGCCUAAAAAAAAAAAAAUCUAGCUUCUUGUUUGCAGCUUAUCACGACUCGCUCACCCAUAACAGUGAAACAAAUAAUACAAAUAACGAUCCUACAGUUCAGGCUUCUGUAAUUGGAAUAAAAUUUGCUGGAGUUGCUCUUUAAGCUCACAAUGAUGGGGUAAAGGAUACGCUGAUGGCAAUCACCAAAGUAAAAUUCGAUCCUUCUCUCGUUUUGAGCUACUGUAGACUUCACCACCGUAGCUGUCGUAGUAUUAUUAUAAACUAAGUAAAGAUUCGCACCUUAAAUUAUUCAUCUUUUUUCUUUUCUUAAUCGGUGUUUUCUGAAAUGGAAUGAUUUUUAUUGUAGAACAUGUUUCUAAGAUUUCCAUUAAUGCAACUCACUCGUUUGGGGCUCGGGAUUAAAACUUUGUGUCCGGGUUUCUCCCUUGUAGCAUUUGUUUUUAUGCUCCUGAUGAAAAUGUACGAACUGCAGACCAAACGAUUAUGUGAAGGAUGGUGGUUCGAGGAGGUGGUUUAAAGAAUAACAAAGAUGCGAGAUUAGCGAUCAGAUCCUUUUCAAUGAAAAUGUUUUGAGAAAUGCUUUUACCCCAUGAACCUCCAAAACCCACGGUACAACCCAUGAUAUAACUCCAUUUCAUCAUGCGUGCAUUUAUUGGUAAAGAAACCUCGCAUAAAAAUAGGCCUGUGGUGUACAACACGUUUGUUGUAUAAUAUAAUUGAGACGUGGUUUGUUCCCAGCUGUACAGUUUUAACCUCUUGUCGAUGUAAAUAAAGCUUCUCAUGUUUCCUAUCACUUUAUAGUAUUCACAGUCACAAUUGGGUGGAAAUAGCUGUGUAUUCGUUUGUACUCAUUUUAAACGCCUGUAUUAUACAUUAUUUCUGAUCCGCGUCAGCUUCGCGUGGACCGAAGGGGAAAUACGUGUCGAUGUCAAUCCUUAAAGAAAAAGAAAAAAAAAAGGUUGAAUUCAGAGAUUAAUGGCGUGUACUCACUGUGCGUUUUCUGUUUUUUUUCAUUCACUCUCGCUAAUUGUGAAUAAGUAAAUCUCUCUCUCUCUGUCUUUGUCUCUCUCUCUCUCUCUCUCUCUCUCUCUCUCUCUCUCUCUCUCUCUCUCUCUCUUUGUAAAUGUGGUUUACUCGUACUCUCGCUCUGCAAGCUCCCAGUAAUCCCUCAGCCCCCUCUUUGAUAUGAUGUUCCUAUUAGUUUGCUGCUUUUUUUUUUUUUUUUGCCAAAGUUAUCUUUUCUUUCUUUAGGAAACGUUCUUAAGUGUCCAACCUGUUCCUGUUGUCUGUGUAACGAUGCUAUAUUAAAAAAAAAAAAAAGAAAUAAAUAAAAGAGAUAUUUUUUGCACUGA